AUGUGGAGAUCAGGACCAAGGCAAAUGAACAACUCUGACCGAGCAGGGCCCAACACCCGAUGUCAGAAAUGCUUGAAACUCGGACAUCACACAUAUCAAUGUUCCAACCCUCGACCCUACGUAGCCAGACCAUCACGUACGAAGCAGCUCACCUCUGGGAAGAUAGGACGGGAUAAGCCCUCGGUGGAGGUGCCGGAGGAGUUCAAGGCGUCGAGCAAAGUUGGACUGGCAGAUAAGAUAUUGAAAGCAAAAGAAGAAGAGAGGAGGAAGGAGGAAGAGAAGAAGAAGGCAAAGAGAAGUAGGAGAAGAUCAUCCUCAUCAAGCGAUUCAGAUUCUUCCUCAACAUCUGGCUCAGGCUCAGACUCAGACUCAGAUUCAGAUUCCGACUCGUAUUCAUCCGACUCAUCUAGCUCUCGUUCUCGUUCUCGCUCUAGAUCACAUCCACGACGCAAACGAAGUAAACGAUCACCUUCUUCUUCAGGUUCAGACUCGGGAACAGGAUCCGAAUCGGACAUAUCUCGUCGUCGAUCGGCUUCUCCUGCAUCUGCUCGUAGGAAAAGAAGGUAUUCUUCCGAUUCUGAUUCAGAAAGAGUGAGAAAACCAAGAAGAAGAUCAAGCACUGUAUCUAAAUCUAGGUCAAUUUCAAGGAGUAGAAGUAGAAGCAGAUCGGGAUCCGUUGAAAGUCGAUGA